AUGGCAAUGAACUUCGCCCCCUACCAAUCCAGCCCCCCCGAAUCCGAACGCGCCAAAUCGCCUCCCCUCCGCUCACCCACCACCUCUCCCGCACCUCCCCUCUCCCCACACCCCCAACGCAACCUGAAAACUCCCAUCCUCCCCUCCUCCCGCGGCGGCGGCGAAGAAGACCCCUGGGCCGCAGCGCGCAACGCCCGCCUCCCCUCGCCCUCACAAUUCGCAGACGAGACCACAGGUGGGUACACGGAUCUCGAAAGCGGUGAGGCGGCGGCCGCGGACCGGUAUGCAAACGACUACAUAGGGCACGGAGCAUGGCGACACAGCGCGACGGCAGGCGUAGACGGCGCAGGGUUUGAAACGAGUCUCGGCUUCCCGUUACGGCUGGAAGCGUGUCUGGCCUACUUGCUACUCCCGCCGGCAGGAGGCGUGGUGCUGCUCCUCUUCGAGCACAAGAGCGACUACGUACGCUUCCACGCUUGGCAGUCGGCCAUGCUGUUCAGCGCGGUGUUUUUGCUGCACGUCGUUUUCAGCUGGACGGCGGUUGUGAGCUGGAUGCUGUUUGUGGGGGAUUUGGGGCUCAUUGUGUACUUGACUGCUUGUGCGUGGCGGAAUGCCGGGACGCUGGAUCGGGUGGAGGUGCCGUUUUUUGGGCGGCUGGCGAGUAGUUUUGUGGAUGAUGAGUAG